CCUGAACGGGCCCAUCGCCCCUUCACCCCAAACCUCAACGAGCAUUAUCAUUUUUUAUUUUUUUCCCCACACCAAGUCCUUGCAAUUAUUCGAGGCUAAUAAUCGCGUAUGCUAGCUAGUAAAUAGUAUCUUGUCUCGGUCUCCCUGGAGGUGCCGCAGCCAUGAAACCCCGGCUGCACUUGGUGGUGGACCCAACGGGCUGGCUGUGCGUCAGCCUCGUCUUUGGGAUCUGGCUCUACAAUUCCGUCUUUGUUCCCAAGCUGGUGCUGCUGCCCCAUUACAGAGAAGGCCACAUUCCCUGGGCAAUCGUCAUUUGUUAUUACGCCGCGUCAGCGCUCUGCUUUGCGGCCCUGUUCAGGGCCUCCACGGCGGAUCCCGGCCACCUUCCUACCAACCUGGACAUACCUCACUCCGAGCGAGAGCACUGGGAGCUGUGCAACAAGUGCAACCUAAUGCGACCCAAAAGGACCCAUCACUGCAGUCGUUGUGGUCACUGUGUGCGCAGGAUGGACCACCAUUGUCCCUGGAUUAACAACUGCGUGGGGGAAGACAAUCACUGGCUCUUCCUGCAGCUCUGCUUCUACACACAGGUCCUUAGUGGCUUCACGCUGGUGCUGGACUUCUGCCAGUACUACUACUUCCAGCCCCUCACGCACCUGAACCAGGAGAAGUUCACCACACGACACGAGCUGGCUCUGCUGCGGGCUUCGGCGAUCAUGGGCGUCGUCAUGUUCGGCGGCAUUUCGGCCUUGUUUUAUUCCCAGCUGGUCGGCGUCCUCUCGGAUACCACUACAAUCGAGACGAUGACUCCGUUCUCGAGUGAAAUACACGGCCUGAGGAAGUCGUGGCAGCGGGCGCUGGCCGAGGUGUGCGGCACCCACCGGAAGGCGCUGUGGUUCGUGCCGCUCCGAAGCAGGCGGGCGCUCGGGGCCGGCAGCCGCGUCGGAGCCCACGUGUAGCCCGACCCGACCCUGACCCGGCGGUAGCGUCGGCAGUCGUGCCGUGCAAGCAGCCGGUAAAACCAAAACCUUCUCAGGUUGAUUUGAUUAUGAUAAUGUCAUAUUACACACAUAUGUACACUCCCCUUUGAAAGGUUAUGCAACAGUUUCAUUUUUUUUUUAAUCGCUUAUGCACUGAUCAUCAAUGGACACACUUGAAGUUUUUAUCUUAAUUGUAUUUCUCCACAUCAAAUGUGUAUUGAAGAUGGAUGUUCAGGAUGUAUUUUUUUUUCUUUUUAAUUCUGUUUAAAUAAGUAUCAGGUCGCGGUGUUUACGCUGCUGUUUGAUUGAAUUUGAAGUAUUUUAUGUUUUCUAUUGGGUCUUUUUUUCAUUUUCGGGGGUGGGAGGGUGACGUUUGUGAUUGUUGGUGUUCUCCUAAAAUAUAUAUAUAUAUAUUUUUUUUU